AUGGGACCCCCCUCAGCCAUGGCUACCACUACAGACAGCAAGGACCAGUGGCCGCCACAGCAGCAGUCUCUGCGUUCCAACAAGCUUGAGCUUGAUCUCAUGUCUCCUCCUGGUAAAGGCCUCUCACUGCUGGUUCCGAGUUCAGAGCGGUUGGGAGCGGUGGACGAGGAGGAGACAGCGGAAGGGGAGAGCAAGGCGCAUGUGCAGCGUGGCAUGGUGACGUUGUAUGGCGCACCCAUUCUCAUCCUUUCCAUCUCAUCUUUCUCAUCCUUCUUCCUUGCCAUCCUUGCCAUUUCAUCCUCUUCCCCAUUUCAUCCUCUUUCCCAUUUCAUCCUCUUCCCCAUUUCAUCCUCUUCCCCAUUUCAUCCUCUUCCCCAUUUCAUCCUCUUCCCCAUUUCAUCCUCUUCCCCAUUUCAUCCUCUUCCCUAUUUCAUCCUCUUCCCCAUUUCAUCCUCUUCCCCAUUUCAUCCUCUUCCCCAUUUCAUCCUCUUCCCCAUUUCAUCCUCUUCCCCAUUUCAUCCUCUUCCCUGUCUCAUCCGUCUCUACACCCCCCUUGUUUUCACUCUCCUCCCGGUCGUAUCCCUGCAGCCACCACCAGCAGCAGGCGUCACACAUAAACAGAUGGCGGGAGGAUUAGCAGGAGGGCGAGAGGGUGGAUUAGGAGUAGGGUUGAAGGGCGAAACGCCCAAGGAAGGGGUGGGAGGGAGGGCGGAGGGGGAGGUUAAUAUGGAAGCUAGGCUUAUGAAAACUCCCUCCUUAAAUAAAGGCGAGGAGGCCGCUGCUGCUGCAGCAGCGGCGGCUGCAGCUGCUGCUGGGUGGCCGCCCCAUUCUGCCGGAGCCCCCUCUUCGCUCCCCUCCUCUCUCCCCUCCUCUCUCGCCUCGUCUCUCCCCUCCUCGCUUCCCUCCUCGCUCCCCUCUUCCCUCCCUGCCUCUCUGUCCCACACGGGGCCAUCAGUGCUGCAGCAUGCAGGAGUGACAUCACUGGCACAUGCAGCGAGGGACGAUGGGGUUUCGUCGCCUGCUCCUGUGGGCGCCCCUCCUGGCCACCCAUCCCAGCACACUCUUCCUCAGCCGCCUCCAGGCCUGCUCCCUUUGCCCACGCAGCAGCAGCAGCUGCACGUGCGGCGGCCGUGGAAACGUUGUGCCCUGCACGUGGCAGGUACGGGUGCUGCGUCAGGUUUGGCAACACCUUCGGCUAUGGCAAGUACACCUGCUACAGCCGCUGUUGCUACGGUUGGUGCUAUCACUAGUGCUGCUACAGGUGUUGUUACAGCUGGUGCGGUGACAGGCGGUGCUGUGGGUGCAACAGGAGCAGCAGCAGUGCUGCAAGGACAGGCAGUGAAGCUAGGUUCCGCAAACCAGCCAAUGACGGCUCAGCACGGGCAGGUUCAGGGGCAGAUGAAGCCGCAAGGAGCAGCCGGAAACGCACCCUCCGGAGGGCCCUCAGCAGCUGGGAAAGCUCCGGAGGGAAUGGUAAGGCGAGAGGAGGCAAUAGGGAACCAUGUGGGGGGGGCGGUUUCUCCUGCUGUACCAGGAGCAGCAACAGCAACAGCAGCACCAGGCAAGGCUCCGGGUCAGGCACUUGCGCAGGGGCAGAAUCAGGUGCAGACUCAGGUGCAGAAUCAAAGGCAGGGGCAGGCACAGGGGCAGGGGCGGAAUCAGGGGCAGGUGGGGCAUGUUCCAUCAGUGGCAGGUGCUUCGGUUCAGAGCGGUGCUGCAGGAGGGCCGUCCACCCACCUGAGAAUACCUGGCCUUUCCCCUGCAGGGGUGCUUCAGACAGGGACAGUGCAGGCAGGGGUAGGGCAGGCGGGUAUGGGGCCGGCAGGAGCAGGAGCACCAGGAUUUGGACAGGCAAAGGCGGGGCAUGCAGGGGCUAUGCAGGCAACGGCGGUGCAAGCAGGGGCGGUGCCAGCAGGGGCGGUUCAAGCAGGGGCGGCUCAAGCAGGGGCGGUUCAAGCAGGGGCGGCUCAAGCAGGGGCGGUUCAAGCAGGGGCAGUGCCAGCAGGGGCGAUUCAAGCAGGGGCGGUGCCAGCAGGGGCGGUUCAAGCAGGGGCGGUGCCAGCAGGGGCGGUUCAAGCAGGGGCGGUGCCGGCAGGGGUGGUUCAAGCAGGUGGUAUCCCAAGGCCAGGAGGGCCGGGAUCGGGGAUGGGGCUGCCAGGGGCGGUGCUAUCAGGGAAUGCGGCGCCUGCUGCUAAGGUUCCUCCUGUGCUUGUUCCCACUGCUCUCGAAGCUACUGCUAAGGCCGCUCCUGUACUUGUGUCUCCAGCUCACGAAUACCACGCACUCCUGUUCCCCCAACCCCUGUUCCCCCCGUUCCUCUCCCCCCCACCCCCGUUCCCCCCACCUCCGUUCCCCUCAUCCCCGUUCCCUCCACCUCCGUUCGCCCCACCCCUGUUCCGCGAGUUCCAGCUUCCCUCAUUCCUGUUCCCCUCAACCCCGUCCCCACAACUGCUCCUCCCCCUACUCCCGUUCCCCUAA